CACUGUUACAAGAUGGACUCUAGCCCGGCUGGGACCCCCAGUCUGCAGCCCCCAAGGGCCAAUGGGAAUAUCAACCUGGGGCCUUCCGCCAACCCAAAUGCCCGGCCCACCGACUUCGACUUCCUCAAAGUCAUUGGCAAAGGAAACUACGGGAAGGUCCUACUGGCCAAGCACAAGUCCGACGGGAUGUUCUAUGCAGUGAAGGUGCUACAGAAAAAGUCCAUCUUAAAGAAGAAAGAGCAGAGCCACAUCAUGGCGGAGCGCAGCGUCCUCCUGAAGAACAUGUGCCACCCCUUCCUCGUGGGCCUGCGUUACUCCUUCCAGACGCCGGAGAAGCUCUACUUUGUGCUGGACUAUGUCAAUGGGGGAGAGCUCUUCUUCCACCUGCAGCGGGAGCGCCGGUUCCUGGAGCCCCGGGCCCGGUUUUACGCCGCCGAGGUGGCCAGCGCCAUUGGCUACCUGCACUCCCUCAACAUCAUUUACAGGGACCUGAAACCAGAGAACAUUCUUUUGGACUGCCAGGGACACGUGGUGCUGACGGAUUUUGGCCUCUGCAAGGAAGGUAUAGAGCCUGAGGAGACCACGUCCACGUUCUGUGGCACCCCUGAGUACCUGGCUCCAGAAGUGCUUCGUAAAGAGCCUUAUGAUCGGGCAGUGGAUUGGUGGUCCUUGGGGGCCGUUCUCUACGAGAUGCUGCAAGGCCUGCCACCCUUCUACAGCCAAGAUUUGUCCCAGAUGUAUGAGAACAUUCUGAACCAGCCGCUACGGAUCACUGGGGGCCUGACAGUGGCCGCCUGCGACCUCCUGCAAGCCCUUCUUCACAAGGACCAGAGGCAGCGGCUGGGCUCCAAAACAGACUUUCUUGAGAUAAAGAACCAUGUAUUCUUCAGCCCCAUAAACUGGGACGACUUGUACCACAAGAGGCUGACUCCACCCUUCAACCCUAAUGUGGCAGGACCUGCUGACUUGAAACACUUUGACCCAGAGUUCACCCAAGAAGCUGUGUCAAAGUCCAUUGGCUGCACUCCCGACACUAUGGCCAGCAGUUCUGGGGCCUCAAGUGCCUUCCUGGGAUUUUCCUAUGCACCGGAGGAUGAUGCCGUCUUAGAUUGCUAG